ACAUUAUUAGUACUCCUAUAACUUUCACAUCCUCUUGUCUUCGUCCUUAGGAGUCUCCCCUACCCCCAACUUCCUUCCAACCACAAAAUUUCAGACAAGAGAAACACACUGCAUUUUGAGACUCCAUUUUUCCUAUAAUCUCUUCCCACCAUUUUCAAUUUUCACUUCUUGGGUAUCAUUAAUUUCAUCAAAUUUCAAUCAAAGUUCAUUUCUUUCACCAAAUUUGAUAAGAUUUGAUCUGGGUUUAAUCUCAAAUCAAUGGAUUCUAACUCAGUCAAAGUCUUAGAUCUAAUGAGUGCAUUUUUAAAAGGCAAUUUUGAGCAGCUAAAUGUAUCAUUUGAAGAUUCUUCUGCAGCUGCGAUCAUUGUUGAAAAUCGUGUUUUAAUGUUUGUUACUACUUCAAUUGCUAUUCUUGUUGGUUGUGCUUUCUUAUUGUCUUGGAAGAAAUCUCAUGGUGGGAAAGUUUCUAAAGUUGUUGAUGUUCCUAAACCUUUGAUCAUCAAACAAGAUGAUGAUGAGGAAAUUGAUGAUUGUAAAAAGAGAGUUACUGUCUUUUUUGGUACUCAAACUGGUACAGCUGAAGGAUUUGCCAAGGCAUUGGUAGAGGAAGCCAAAUCAAGAUAUGAGAAAGCGGCUUUUAAAAUUGUGGAUUUGGAUGAUUAUGCUGCUGAUGAUGACGAAUACGAAAGAAAAUUGAAGAAGGAAACUUUGGCUUUCUUCUUCUUGGCCACUUAUGGAGAUGGAGAGCCAACAGACAAUGCAGCAAGAUUUUACAAAUGGUUUAUGGAGGGUAAUGAAAGAGGUGAGUGGCUUCAGAACCUCCAGUAUGGAGUGUUUGGGCUUGGGAAUAGGCAGUAUGAACAUUUCAACAAGGUUGGCAAGGAGAUUGAUGAACUUCUGGCUGAGCAAGGUGGGAAGCGCCUUGUUCCGGUUGGUCUUGGUGAUGAUGACCAAUGUAUUGAAGAUGACUUCUCGGCUUGGAAGGAAUUAGUGUGGCCAGAGUUAGACCAGUUGCUUCGGGAUGAGGAUGAUGUAGCCGUUUCUAUGCCUUACACAGCCGCCAUACCAGAAUACCGGGUAGUAUUUCAUGACACAGCUGAUGCAGCUUAUCAAGACAAGAGCUGGGCUAUUGCUAAUGGUCAUGCUGUCUUCGAUGCCCAACAUCCAUGCAGAUCAAACGUUGCUAUGAGGAGGGAGCUACACACACCCGCUUCCGAUCGUUCAUGCACGCAUUUGGAAUUCGACAUUUCUGGCACAGGGCUCAGAUACGAGACAGGAGAUCAUGUUGGUGUCUACUGUGAAAAUCUUGUUGAGACUGUCGAGGAAGCUGAAAGAUUGUUAGGCUUUAAGCCCGAUACAUUCUUUUCUAUCCAUACUGAUAAAGAGGAUGGAACUCCCGUUUCUGGAAGCUCACUACCACCGCCUUUUCCACCGUGCACUCUAAGAUCAGCACUAACCCGUUAUGCAGAUCUUUUAAACUCCCCUAAAAAGUCCGCGUUGCUUGCAUUAGCAGCUCAUGCUUCUGAUGCAAAUGAAGCCGAACGAUUGCGAUAUCUUGCAUCCCCUGCUGGAAAGGAUGAAUAUUCCCAAUGGGUAGUUGCAAGUCAGAGGAGCCUCCUCGAGGUAAUGGCCGAGUUCCCCUCUGCCAAGCCGCCACUUGGAGUUUUUUUUGCCGCAGUGGCGCCACGUUUGCAGCCAAGAUACUACUCCAUCUCAUCCUCACCAAGAGUUGCCCCAUCUAGAAUUCAUGUUACAUGUGCAUUAGUUCUCGAUAAGAUGCCUACAGGAAGGAUUCACAAAGGAGUGUGUUCAACUUGGAUGAAGAAUUCCUUGCCUGAAGAGGAGACUCAUAAUUGUAGUUGGGCACCUAUUUACGUGAGACAGUCCAACUUUAAACUCCCAGCAGACUCGUAUAUCCCAAUUAUAAUGAUUGGUCCUGGAACUGGAUUAGCUCCUUUCAGGGGAUUCUUACAGGAAAGGUCGGCUUUGAAACAAGACGGAGUGGAUCUAGGACAUGCGACAUUAUUUUUUGGCUGCCGAAAUCGUCAAAUGGAUUAUAUCUAUGAAGAAGAGCUCCAAAACUUCGUAGAAACUGGCGUAAUUUCAGAGCUAGUAGUUGCUUUCUCCCGAGAGGGCCCUACUAAAGAAUAUGUUCAACACAAAAUGAUGGAAAGGGCUUCAGAUGUUUGGAACGUGAUAUCUCAAGGAGGGUAUAUCUACGUUUGUGGUGAUGCCAAAGGCAUGGCACGAGAUGUACACCGAGCCCUUCACUCAAUUUUACAAGAGCAGGGUGGUAUGGAUAGCACAAAAGCAGAAAGCAUGGUGAAGAAUUUGCAGACCACUGGUAGAUACUUGCGCGACGUUUGGUAAUCGAUACAAUUAACAUUGACAAGCUAUGGCUGGAACACAUAAAUAUUACCCAAGACGAAGAAUGAAGGCAAAUUACGUUACCAUCUUCGAAAAUUCGAAAAUGGAUGGGUUGUUAGCUUAAUUAGUUAUGUAAUUCUUUUUAUUAUCUUUAUAAGAUGAUCAUCUUUUUUUGUUUUUCCCUUUCUUUGUUUCUGGGUGGGGAUUCCGUAUACCUUGUAAACAUAAUAAGUUGAUUUCAUAUCUUUAGUCAGGAAAUGUAAUUUAGCAAUAUUUUUGAGACGCAGUAAAGUUUUAUUGUAUGGAGAUACAUAAUUAUAUUAUAUUAUAUUAUAUAUAGGGGAAUUAUUCUUGUAUAAACUGGGUAAAUUGAUGUCUAUGCUCACUAAUUUUUGU